AUGGCGAGAAUGCGGUUCCCCUCCGCCAAGGGAAUCAGCGACUGCAAGCAUUCUAUUGACUUCAUUCUACUCAAGAAACAUAAAGCUUGGCUGUGGACUCUCACGCAGGUUGACACAACCCUUGCUCGAAACGGAGGUCCAAAGACCAAGUUUAGGAGACACGCCCUCGCAAAGACCCAUUGA